AUGUCAUUGUUUCGGCGAAUCCCGCUGAAAAAAUGCACGGAGCUCUUGUUGACAGCCAAGUCAGUACAUAGGAUGUAAGUUUUGAUUUUGACCUUAUUUGAAUCCAGAUUGUAAUGAUUUAUAAUACGCGUUAUAUUAUACUUGCCGUCUCUUCAGACCCCAGUAUGAAGUUCGUCGAUUUCUCGGGGAAUCUCUCAAAUCCCCAGGCCAAACCCAUUCGCAAUCGAAGACAGUUGGAGUGUGGCUUCUGGGAUGUGCUGGAUUAGUUUAUGGAGCUGUCGCUUUGGGAGGAGUGACCAGACUAACGGAAAGUGGCCUCAGCAUGGUGAAUUGGGAUCUCUUUCGAACAAUGAAGCCCCCAUUCAAUCAGAGGGAAUGGGAGCUGGAAUUCGAACGAUAUAAAGCUUAUCCGGAGUACAAGUUGUAAGUUUUGGGGGGAGUUUCUAUUUCUGGAUAUUGAGGUUUGGUAUCAUAAAUAAAAAAAUCUUUUCAGCAAAUCCUCGAACGAAGAGAUGACUCUAAACCAAUUCAAAUUCAUCUGGACCAUGGAAUAUCUCCAUCGAAUGUGGGGCAGAGCCAUCGGAUUGGCUUUUCUGAUUCCCUGCACUUACUUUUGGUACAAAGGACGAUUCAAUGGAGCCAUGAAAAAGCGGAUGCUUCUAGCUGGAGGAUUGAUCUGCGCUCAAGGCGCAGUGGGAUGGUGGAUGGUGAAGAGCGGACUGAAUCCGGAGAACAAUUCUAACAGGGACAUCCCCAGAGUCAGUCAGUAUCGAUUAACUACCCAUCUCUCCAUGGCCUUUGUUCUUUAUGCCAUGUUUUUAUGGACUGGACUCUCAAAUGUCUUGAAACCAGCUGACGUAAGUUGAGCAUCUUGUUGAUUAGAUUAUCUCCAAUAGCUUUGGCGUUAAUUUUGUUGAUUUAUAAGGCUGUAAGAAGUCGAAUUAGAAUGAAAUGGGUUACUUUCAGCACACUGCUAUCCAAGGAAUCAAAAAGUUCCGUGGCAUCACCCACGGAGCCAAAGCCCUGAUCUUCCUGACCGCCAUUUUCGGCGGGUUCGUCGCCGGAUUGGACGCCGGCUUGGUCUACAACUCCUGGCCGAAAUUCGCGGACCGUUGGCUCCCUGAAAACAUGACCUCCAAAUCUCCGGCAUGGAAGAAUUUCUUCGAAAAUGAGGUCACCGUCCAGUUUAUUCAUAGAAAUUUGGUAAGUAAAAAUAAUAGUAAUUGAGAUGAACAUGUUGUCAAUGAGGAUUUGGUUUAUCUUUUUAUUAUUUCAGGCGUAUCUCACCCUCCUUUCGAUCACGAUGACCUGGCUGAAAGGACGAAGAUUAGCUCUCCAUCCCCGCGCCAAGAUCGCCCUUCACGGCCUCAUGGCCAUGGGAUAUGCACAGGCAAUCCUCGGCAUCUCUACCUUGGUAGGUCAUAGUCAUCUUUGGAGGAUAAUAAAUUCAGGUCCACCAUGUUCCUGUCUGGCUUGCCGCGCUUCAUCAGUCCGGUUCCAUGGCUCUGAUUGGCUUCGUUCUCUGGCUUUCCAAUGAAAUCCGCCGCAUACCCAAAUAA